ACACUUGCCAACUGGACACAACAAAACAGUCAGCUUCCGCCGCGUAAUCUUUUUCCACUCUCUCUCUCUCUCUCUCUUCUCUUCCGUUCUCUUUUCUUCACUCUCUCUCUCUCUCUCGUAUACAUAGCAAACGAUUUUGAACACCCCAACAUUCCCUUUGUUCCAAGAAAAAUGCUUUUCCGUUUCAGCUUCACACCCACGAUCAGAUCCUUCCUCUAUCCCCGUUCAUGCAUUCUGCUCUUGCUUCUCCUCUUCUGCACGUGCUUCACUGCAACAGAAGCUUAUGAUCCACUUGAUCCAAAUGGAAAUAUCACAAUCAAAUGGGAUGUUAUAAAUUGGACACCUGAUGGUUAUGUUGCUGUUGUUACUAUGUACAACUUCCAACAAUAUCGUCAUAUCGCAGCACCUGGUUGGUCACUAGAAUGGACAUGGGCAAAGAAGGAGGUAAUAUGGGCCAUGGUGGGAGGGCAGACCACUGAACAAGGGGAUUGUUCAAAAUAUAAGGGAAACGUCCCACAUUGCUGUAAAAGGACCCCAACAGUUGUAGAUUUACUUCCUGGAACACCUUACAAUCAACAAAUUGCAAACUGCUGCAAGGGUGGUGUACUCAGCUCAUGGGCACAGGAUCAAUCCAAGGCAGUUGCAGCAUUUCAAGUUAGUGUAGGUAGUGCUGGUACUACUAACAAAACGGUCAAACUGCCAAAGAAUUUCACCUUGAAAGCACCAGGUCCCGGUUAUACAUGUGGGCCGGCAAAUAUUGUGAAACCAACUCAAUUCAUACAACCUGACAAAAGGAGAGUAACACAAGCACUCAUGACAUGGAAUGUGACAUGCACAUAUUCACAAUUUCUUGCCCAGAGAGCACCCACUUGCUGUGUCUCACUCUCAUCUUUCUAUAACGAUACUGUUGUACCCUGCCCUACGUGUGCAUGUGGCUGCCAGGGUAACUCAUCUCAAUCAGGGGACUGUGUAGAUCCAGAUUCACCACAUCUGGAAUCAGUUGUUUCCAACCCUGGACCUGGGAAUAGUAUUACACCUUUAGUUCGAUGUACCCGUCAUAUGUGCCCAAUCCGAGUUCACUGGCACGUUAAGCUUAACUACAAGGAGUACUGGCGUGUGAAAGUCACUAUUACUAAUUUCAAUUACAGGAUGAAUUAUUCUGAUUGGAACUUGGUUAUUCAACAUCCAAACUUUGACAAUCUGACCCAGAUUUUCAGUUUCAACUACAACUCACUAAAUCCCUACGGGUCAAUAAAUGAUACAGCAAUGCUUUGGGGAGUUAAGUUCUACAAUGAUUUUCUCAUGCAUGCUGGCCCUCUUGGUAAUGUGCAGUCAGAGCUACUUUUCAGAAAGGAUAAAUCAACUUUCACUUUUGACAAGGGUUGGGCCUUCCCUCGGAGAGUCUAUUUCAAUGGUGACAUCUGUGUGAUGCCACAACCUGAUGCUUAUCCUUGGUUACCUAAUGCUGGUUCCAGGCAAGAGGUUUCCCUGCUUGCUUUGGUGGUGACCUCUUUGGUAGCCUUGGUAUUUUAUUCAUAUGCUUAAAGUUCCUAUCCAUGGCACACUUAAAUCUGUCAUCAAAAGUCUUCUAUGUGACAAGUUUUGACUCAAUUUUGGGAUACCAAUUUGGGAUUUAAACCAAGCCGGAGUGUGACAUCCAUUAUCAAUUCAAGAGUAGUUCAGUUGUCCUAUGAUUUGUUUGUAGGUUACAGCAUAGGGGGCGAUUGAGUUUGCUACUAUAUUCUUAUUUCUGUCUGUUAUACUGUAAUGAUGUAUUUAUUGCUUUUAGAUCCAUAGUGAUAGGUGGUACUGUAAGUAUAAGAUAUAUAUUAAGGUAUACGGUCAAUGAAAUAAUUCAU